UGCGAUGGGACACAUAUUCGUUUAAGUCAGAUUCCCAAUGGCGAUACCGAUUACAUCAACCGCAAAGGAUAUCCAUCUAUUGUACUGCAGCUGGUUGUAGAUGAUCAACUUCUCAUCACAGACUGUUAUGUUGGAUGGCCUGGUUCAACACAUGAUGCCAGAGUGUAUCACAAUUCACCGUUGCAUGACAAACUAGUGAGAAGGGAUAUUCUUGGACAAGACAACUUUAUCAUAGGUGAUGGAGCUUAUCCACUUUCAACAUCAUUGAUGACACCCUUUAGGGACACUGGAAGAUUGACACAGCCACAGAAGCGAUAUAAUCGCAUAGUUUCAUCUGUACGGCAAAGUGUUGAGAGAGCAAUUGGCCAUUUGAAGAGCAGGUUCAGAAGGCAUCAGAGAUGUGUACUGCAGCGACGUAGCCAGUGUAUGCGACCUGAUCAUGUCAGCCUGUGUUUUGCACAAUCUUUGCAUCCUUUGUGAUGAUGGAGUGAAUGAUUAUUUUGAGGAUACAGUCAUUAACAACGUUGUGAAUAAUUAAAUAGAGACACAGCUGCUGGUGUGGCAAAAAGAAAUAACCUUGUUGAUUUGUUAUCUGGACAAGAGUGAAUGUUUAAUUCAAUACAUCCAAGAAACUUCAUACUCAACUGAGAUAGAACCAAUUAUGCUACAUUCUGUUUCAGAUUUAAUAUGUGAAAAUAAAGCAUUACUGAAAUCUGUGAAACAUA